AGUGAGUCAGUAGCGGUGAGUGAAGAGAACACGCGCAUUCACACUCAGCUGAAUUCCAAUUCUGCAGGAGAUUAUGUGUACCUUCUCUCUCGUCAUUAACCCUUCGUCAAGGUUGUCGAUAGAUUGCCGUUCAUAUUUUCAGUGAAAUUCUCCAGAUAAGAACGAAGAGGCAACCUUCCAGAUCAGUCUAUGAAUUGUUAAAGUGACACGUUUGCCUUAGAACACAACAGACGUGCCUGAUGACUUAGUUUGUCUGUGCCUCGAGCCGAAGGUAUGUCGUUGCCAGUGCCAGUGUGGGAUAUGGAUCGUCGAUCGGUGGAGGUGGCUGCUCGCUGACGUAUUAAUAUUAUCAUUCCCGAAUUAAAGGUGGAAUAGGCAAGGCAGUAGUGUACAGAGCCAUUGGAUCCUGCAAUUGUAUCGGUGACAGGAUUCGCUUGGAACACAUGGCAGCUAAUUGGUGAAUAUUGGUUCUUCUGGCUCAUGAAAGAAGAGGAAAACAGAUAGAAAGAUGUUUGUUGUGUGUGACCGAUUGAUUGCUCGAUUCAAGCCGUAAAAUUUGUGCAGGGUAUCAAUGCAGUGUUGAGGUGGAAUUACCCCGAAAUUUAUUUGUUGUGUUAUAUGUGUCAAAGUAUGCCAGAGCGCAAUCUAUGAAAGUGUUAAGUGUGAGUUCGUAUGUUCGUCAGCUUAAAUGCCAUUCGCCAAAGGAUGCCAUCACACAACAAGAUGCUUCACAACACUAUUUGGAAGAUAUCCAGUCAUGGUGGGAACUGCCGAGUAUUGCACACUUCUGUUCACUCUUCAGAGCCGCCUUCGAUCUUCUUGAUUUUGAUAUUGAGGAAUUGGAGGAAGCUUUGUUGACUGAUGGCUUAGAAGAUACAGGAAGUCCACUUCUAGUUGAAUUGGCAGUGCGAUUGGUGCAAGGCUGCCUUCCAGGGAAAACAGUUAAUGCUACCAACUACCAGAGUUACUUGAGAAAACUCUUUAAACACAAAUGUCAGGAGGAUCCAAGUAGAGAGAAUUUGUUUGCAGAAGGAGAUAUCAGAUGGCUUCCACUGCGAAGGAAAGUAGAAAUCCUUCAUGCAUUGUGUGACUUCAGAUUAGAAGCUGAAGAUGUUCUUGAUCUCUUAAAAAAUUUAGAGUCUGACAGCCUUCGUGUUGAACCACUUGGGUAUGAUGACAAUGGCUCUACCUAUUGGUAUUUUUAUGGCACCCGGUUGUAUAGAGAAGACCAUUCACCUUACCACCCUCAUAGACGAAAACCAAAGGAUAAAGACAAAGAAAAAGAAGACAAAAGAAAAAAGAAACGAAAAAAAAAGGGCCUCAAAGUUUCAGAAAGCGAUGAAGAAUCUGAAGUUACACCACCUGCUAUAUGGCAGGUCCAGUGUUUCUCAGAAGAAGAUUGGAAUACUCUUGCUGAGAAAUUUGAAGAUUGCUCGUCCAAAUUGGAACGCAGUUUAUUACAGACGCUGCGUGAAGAUUUUCUUCCAGAGAUCCCACGUCUCUUCCAGGAGAAAGAGAAGAUACAAAGGAAGCGAAUGAUGGAAUUUGCACCAAGAAGGUCUUCUGGUAGGGUACAAAAAUUGAAAGAAAAAAAGGAAGAGGAAGAAAAGAAGCUGGCUAUAGAAAUAGUAGAGCAAGAAAAGAGAAGACAGCUUGAAGAAGAGAAAAAGAAGAAAAGAAAAGAAGAAGAAUCCGUGCUGGGUGAAAAACUUGAAAGGAAAAAGUCUCGUGAUUUUAGUAAAGAGGAUGUGAUGGACGAGCUGAUAUCUUCAUCAAACAUCCUCAAGUCUCCGAGAGAACGGAAAAGAAGCGAAAGUUCUGAUAUCAAAAACAAAUAUAAUUCUGAAGACAGAAGUGUUGAAGUGAUUGAGAUAAAUGAUGACUCAGAUCACCAAGACAAUUUGUGGGAAGAACCAGUGAGAAACCUCAAUGAUGAAUCUAGAGACAAAAGAAAUACUGUCCAUGAAUCUGACACAAAAGUGAAAGAAGGUAGAGGUAGGAGAAAAAGUGUUGAGGGUCCUGGAAGAAGAAAGAGUGUAGAUGAAGGUAUAAAAAAGAAAAAUGGUGAUGUGGGAAGGAGAAAAAGCAUUGAUGAGGGAUUGAGAAUAAAAAGUGAAGAUGUGGAAACAAGAAGUGGUGAUGAAUAUCCCACUGAGCAGGAGGCAAAAGUCAAGGUGAAAGUUGGCCGUGGACGAAGAAAAAAGAUUGUUAUUGAUGAUAAUAAGAAUGCAGAUGAAGAAAAAUUAAAAGUAAAAGGGAAGGAAAAACGUGGACGAAAACCGGGCAGAAAGCCAGGGAGAAAGCCAGGUUCCCGGAACAAAGUUGUGAAGGAAGAAGUUUCUAGUGACGAUGAUGAGGAAAACACAAAACCACAGGUGUACAGUGGGCGGAAAACAAAUAACUCAUUGUCUUCAGUGGCUUUCUCAUUGAAUUCAGCAGCAGUUGUUUCUGAACCAGCUGUUAAUACUGUCAAUUCUGUCACAUCACCACCAACUAAGAAGAAAGUUAAAAGUGCGCACAUGGUUUUGCAAACUGAAGAUGACCUACGCACAGGAAUGUACAAAGUAUUAGAACAUUUACGUGAUCAUGAAGAUGCUUGGCCAUUCCAUGACCCAGUUGAAGAAGAAUAUGCACCAAACUAUUAUGCUGUUAUUAGAAGACCCAUGCACAUAACUAGGAUGGAAGAGCGUUUAGAUGGCGGUUACUAUACAAACCUUGCAAUGUUUGAAGGAGACUUCAAGCUUAUGAUGGACAAUUGCAAGCUCUAUAAUGGACCUGAAAGUGAGUACACUCAUAUGGCAUACACACUUGAAAAAGUAUUCGCAAAAUUGAAAGCAAAAUACCUAGAAGCUGAUCUUUCCUCAGAUGAAGAGAUGUACAUUGAUAUGAGUUACCAGCAAGCAUCCAAAAGAAAGAAUAAGAGAAGAAAUAGUGAUGAGAAAGAGAACAAGAAGGGUGAUGGGGAAAAAAGUACUCCGAAGAAAAGAGGUCGCAAAAAGAAAAAGGUUGGAAGGAAGCCCAAAGAAAAACACAAAGAUACCACAGUUCCCCCAGAAAAGGAGAGAGAACGAAAGAAGACCAAAUUUAAUAGAGAAAAGAGCAAAGAGAAAGAGAAAUAUAGAAAUAAGGACAAACCAAAGAUUGAUCAAUAUGAAUUUAGAGAUGAUGAAGAGGAGGAAGAAGAGGAAGAUGAUGAUGAUGAUGAUUUUGAUGAGCCUCCUCUCUUGGUACGAGAAGACCCAUAUCCAGAGGAUGAUGAAGAAAUGGAUGAAGACAUUAUAGAUGGGACUCACCCUGUAACUGGAAACUUUGUUAAAGAAGAAGUUGUCAAGAAUAAAGUAGGUAGACCGAGGAAGGAAGAUGCAAACCGGAAAGUCAAUACUAGUAUGGAAGCAAGUGAUGAGGAUUUGGAUGAUGAUGAUGAUGAUGAAGUUGAACAAGAUGUAUGUAUGUACUACAAUAAUGAUGAUUAUAGGAGUGAUGAGGACAAUGAAGAUGACAAGAGUAACAGUGUUUAUCUAAGUGAAAGACAUAAUGAAUUGUUUGGUGAAAUUGAUGAUAUUGAAGAUGAUGACCAACAAGAUGGGAAAAUAAUCAAAACUAACGAAAAAAGCAAAAACAAUCAUGCUGGCAAACAUGGUAAAAAGAAGGGUGGGAAUGGUAAAGACAAGGAAAAGAAGAAACACAAACAUGGGGAUAAGCAUGAAAAGCAUCACCAUCAUCACCACCAUCAUCAUCACCACAAAAGUAAGUCAAAAGAUGGCAAACACCACAAAAAGAAGAAUAAGCAUGUGUCUGAAAAGGAUGCAAAGAAGAUCUUAAAAGUAGAGGAUGUUUAUGAUUACUCCGAUGAUGAAGAACACCUUCAAGGAAACCAUUUUGGGGAAGCCAAUGGCUCAAAGCAUCCAGGCAAAACGAAAGAGGAAUCAGGAAAGAAGAAAAAGAAGAUCAAGCACAGGGGAAAGCAUGGGAAGCAUCAUGAUAAACUUGAGAAGCAUGAAAAACACAAAGAGGGCAAGGGAAAGGAAGGAAAAAAAGAAGGAAAAAAGAAAAAUAGCAAGAAAAAGAAGAUCCCAGCUAAGAACAUGGCUGCCAUAGAUGCACUCUCUGCUGCUACAGAACAAACUUUGAAGGAUAUAACCACUAUGUUAGAUGACCCUUCUGUUCCUCGCUUUAGUGAAUUUUCUUCAGCCAGUAACUCUCCAUCACACAAAGUAACAGCUGAGGAGUUUGAAGCUAUUGCUUAUAAGAUAGAAGCUGAAUAUAGAAGAAAAUUAAUGAUGGAUGAACCAAGGGAAAAGGACAAAAAAGUUCACAAGAAAAAGAAGAGAAAAAAUGUUAGUACUGAAGAUGGAGAUGAACCCAAGAAAAAGAAAAUGAAGAAAGAGAAAAAACCUGAAAAUGAGAAAAUUGACAAAGGAGAAAAGGAUGCACUUGAUAAUACAAAAGAACUUUUUAAGGAUAUAAAAGAUGGAAGAAUAAAACCUGGCGCUAUUAUAAAAUCUAAAGACAUAGCCAAAAAAGAAGGCAUGGUGAAAAAGGAAACUAAAAGUUCUACAGAAGGGAAGCCAAAGGCAAAAACUAAUCCAUUUGGAAAGAUAAAUAAGCAGGAACAUACCAAGUUAACAACGCUCAUAGCUAAAGCCAAAGAAUCACGUAUUGGACUGGUACCUAAUAGUGAAGUUGGUGACAGUCCAAAGCUCAGUUUAGGUAGUAUUAUACUCUCAGGGGAUAUUGGCACAGGUAUGAAGUCAUCAAGAGAAGCAAAUAGUGCUGAUGAGGAAGAAAAAUGGGAGCCUAAGGAGAAGUGGGAUAGUCCAUGGGAAAAUAGGUGGGAAAAAGUUCCAGAAAAGGAAGAAAUGCCAUCUUCUGUGAGGGAGGAAGAGGAAAAAGAAGAGAUUCCAGAAGUGGAAGAUGUAGCAGAAAAGAUCAUUGAAGAACCACCACCAACUCCAAGGGCUCCAGAAAUCAAACAGGAAAGAGCCACACCCAAUUUAAGUGCCUGGUUCAAAGCCUUUGGGACUCCUAAGCUUAACUCUGCUGGCAUAAAAAAGAUACCAGAAGAUGCAACGGAUAGUCCGAAGGAAGUCGAAGAAGACAAUGAUAUUAUCAAUGUGGAUGAUGUCACUGAGCCUGAAGAAAAUGAACCAAGUGCUUUAGAUGAACCACCACCCUCACCUCGACCACCUCCGAGUCCAGAACCACCAGUGUAUCCUGAGGCUCCAAUAUCUCCAGAAAAGCCUCCUGAAACGCCCUGGUAUGAGAAACUAGAUGAAAAGUUAGAAGACGAACCUAUUUGGAAAAAGAUGAAGCCUGAUGAGGAGGAAGAUCCAUAUAAAUUUGAAGAAGAAGAAUUAGAUCGGGCUAGAGAAGAAGCCAAGAAACUAGAAGUAGAACGUCAGCGAAAAGCAUCUGUGUCAUCAUCUGGGGUAUCUGAUCGCUCGCCACUCAACCACAGCUUUGACUCAGAUCGAUCUCCUGCUGCUUUCUCAUCUGAAGGAGAACGUUCUCCGAUGACUAGGUCUCCUCAUACUCCAGGAUUUGGUUCAAAACAGUUUUCACCAGUGCCCGAGAAAUCUCCUAGUGUUCCAGCUUAUUCUCCCCGUUAUGAGUCAGCUCUCUCUAAACCAUUCCCAUCAUAUGAUCCAGAAAAAGGAAAGUACCAAGCCAAUGGAGCUAUUAAAGUUGGGUUUUAUCAAGAUAUGACUGAUAAAACUGCGGGGGAUAAGGCAGAGAAGAAAGUUACAGAGCAAAAGCCAACUGAAUCACCUGUUUAUAGCCCAACUGUGCCAUAUAUGAGCUCAUUUUAUUCAAGCAAGAGUGAAGCUAACAAAAAGCAAAAAUCACCUGCUGGGUAUACUAGUUUUUACAGUUCGACAGAUUCUAACAUCGACAAAGCAAAAACGCCGAACUAUUAUUCUGCUUCAGCACCAGCCACCCCUACAGAUAAGCCGUCCCCGGCCUCUAUCAGUGUUGAACCUGCCGAUAAACCCAAGCCAUAUAGUUACUAUUACGAUCCGACCAAGCCACUUACUGACCAGUACAAAAACACUGGCUCGGUACAAUCCACUCAGCCACCGAAAAAACCGUCAGGUUAUUACAACACACAUGAAGGCAGCAAAAAGCAGCCAACGUCAUUAUCACCAGCAGGGCAGCCAUCUUCCCUACCUGGUAGUUUAUCUUCUCCAGGACAGGGUGCUAUGACACCUCCAACUCCUGAUUUACCAAGCAAAACUGAAAUGCAACCUCUGAAAAAGAGAGCAGCUAUUGAUCGUAUUAGUCAAGAUUUCCAGACUAGUCCAAAUGUGGUGACCUCUUUAGCUGUUGGAGGAAGUGUGACUGCCUCUCCUUGGACUGGACAAAAACAAGUAGACGAUAGUGUAAGUAGUCACAGCACAGCUCCACCAAAUAUCACAGUCCCUUUUUCACCUCAUUCUUCAAGUUUACCUGCAGCUCUCUCAACGUCUGGUCUGCCUGCUUCUGCUUUACCUGCCAAUUUGGCAAAUUUAUCCCAGAUAGUCUCACGGAUUUCUGAUACAGAGUCUGGACGAGUGGGUGCUGAAAAAGAUUCUUCAAAGCCUCUAGUAGAAUCACAGCAUAGCUCGGUUACUACAUUCCCUAGUCCUGAUGCAAGUGGCAUAACAAAAUCAAUGCCCCCAUCCUUGUUUGGUGUAACAUCAGGGCAAAACCCAGUACAAAGUCAAGUCAUGGAUAUGGAACGUACAGGCAUAGAUCCUGUUAAUGAUUUAAGUGAUAUACACCAAUCAAAUUUAUCUGGUCGUGUACAAGCAGCUGAUCUUGCCAGACAUGCUGAAGUUGAACCAAGAUUACAAGAUAGAUCUAUGCAGCCAAAUUAUCAUCAGCAAAUAACAAGCCCGCAUAUGCAAACUCAACCAGGAUUAGGAUCCCCUCAGCAGUUAUCAAAGCAGUCACAACCAUCACAGUCUCAGGCACAUAGUGGACCCCCACCUCCUGUUGCCCAUCAAAAACCAUCUGAGGGUUCUAGACCUUCCAGUCGAGAUUUACCACCUGCACAUGCAUCUGAUAAGUCUCAUGUAUAUCUACAACAGAAGAGCAUGUGGAGCUCAAGUCUCACAACCAGCUUGACCUGUAGUUUGGCAUCAAGCCUACCAUCUAGCAUGGUUUCAAGCUUGGUAACAAGUUUAGGGUCUACAUUAGCUACCACGUCAGUCAUUGCAUCUCUACAGAAAAUGGGAUCCCUGCCAACAGAGCGUUUAACUCAAGAACGCUUAGCACAGCUUGAUCGAGCUGCACAACUAGACCGUGCUGCUUUAGCAUCUUUAGCUAGCCGCACUGGACAAGCAAACUUAUUUUCUCAUGAGCUAUUACAACGUGGAUCUGUUGGAGGAAGCCAAACUCAAGUGGGCAAUGGUCCAAGUAGUAGUGGCUCUUCUGGAGGGGGUAGCUCUUCCAGUGUUCCGGUCUCUACUGGCCGUUCAACUUCCAGUUCCAGUAAUACUGCUGGGGGUUCAUCAACUCCAUCAGGCAAUAGUGUUGAAAUUGGCAUAGGCCGUUCUUAUGCUAAUAUGAUGACUGGCCAGUCCUCUCCACUCUUUGGGCGUGGGGAAGGAGCCCUUACUCCUGGCUCUUUACCACGCCCUCUAUCGGGAUCCUCUUCUCCAUUUUUGCCUCAGUCUCCUGGUUUGAGUGCAGCCUUGGGUCUUCCAGGUGCACCUCGAACACCAACACCUGCUCAUCAACAAUCUCAUCAGAGCUUGUCUGGGCUCAGUCAAGGUACUUUCCCAUCCUUAUCACGUGAUCCAAGAGAUCCCAUUUCACAAUCGCAUCCAUCUCUUCAGAUUCCAAGUCUUAACUCAAUAGCAUCCAGUCAAGCGCAGACACUUAGCCAUUUAAAUGCUGCAAGUUUAGCCUCAUAUUCUGGGAGAGAUUCUUUAGCGUUGAUGAAUCAAGGAAGCCGCGGCGCAUUAGCAAGUGGACUGGUAGAUCAUACUUCUCAGUUGUAUCAGCAGUAUCUGCAGCAACGACAGGCUCAGGAGGAAUUGAUACUGAGAUCUGCAGGUGCCCACCCACAGUUAGCGGCACAUCAAUCCAUGAUGAUUCAGCAAGGGCUGAUGAGUGCAGCUGGUUAUUCCUCAGGCUACCCACCAUCACUAGGUCUCAGACCUGGCUCCUAUCAGGGUAUGAACAGACCAUGGCUUUGAAGUUGGAAACAGCCCACCUGAAAAAAUUUCAGCUUCCCUCCUAUGCUUUUAUGGCCCAUUAACUAGAACUUGAAGUGAUUCAUCUUACUCUUGCCCAAGAAUUUCUUAAAUUUUAUUAGGUUUCUUUGAUAAACCUGGCCAUGCAUCUCUUGUUUUGCAUAUGCCAAGUGCAAUAGGGUAAGUUUCUUUUUUGUUUUUCAUAUAGAGAGCUAUUUUUAUAUUUACGCAUAUUAGUAUUUAUAAAGUAUUUUAUUUAUUUACCAAUUUAUACGCCUUUUUAUGAGAGACAUAUCCUUUUUUAAAAUGGUUCUGCUUUGUGAUCUUUAUGCAAAUAAAAAUUUAUUAUUUUAAUUCUGAUUUGGAUUCCAGAUUUGUUUUCACUCUUUGACUGGUUACAUUUUACUUUAAUUAUACUCUGUUUACAAGUAGUAUUGAAACAAUUGAAGUCAUUAGGGUCUCAUGCUCCAGCAGGGCAUUGGUUUGCAAAUAUUUUAAUUUUUCUGCUGUCAUCCUUCAACUUUGUUUAUAGGAAGUUCCUACCUCAUUCCUCAUUCUGUUGUUUUAUAAGCGCUGAUAAAUUUCGGCUUGUUUAUGAUUCAGAUCACAUCAGUUUUCUUGAACAGGCAGCUUACUUUGUCACAACAUAGAGGCAAACUAUAAAAUCUGAAGCCUUGGGUAUCAAGUGAAUAAAGGAAUGGAAACUAGUGUCAUAGCAGCUGUUAAAUUCAGUAUACCUGGUGGGAUAUUAGUGACAGCCAUGUUUGUUUCUGAAUUCCAGUUUUGAAGAAAUUUUGUUUGAUACUGUCAUAGGUAUUGGCUUUUUAGAUGGAAUUCUGAAAAGGCUUGCCAGAUUUCUGUUGUACCAUGAUGUAAGUCCAAGGAGGCUUCAAGCCACAUAAUUGCCAGUAGACUGUAUUGUGUUAGUUGUCUUGUGAAACAGUGUUUAUUAUCUUUGUUAUGAUUGAUGCAGAAAGUUGCUAUCACAUAUAAUUGGUAAUACGUAAUGUCCUAUGCUUAAGUUGAAUAUACACCACAACUAUACAAUUAUAAAAAAAUCACAUUUCUUUUAAAAAGUAAACCUAAGAUAGUUAGGUUGAUGAAAUGUAUAUUAAUGAGAGAGAGAGAGAGAGAGAGAGAGAGAGAAUUCGUACUUUGAAAGCUUAUGAAAAAGAAGUAAAAAUGUCAUGGAGGAGAAGGUGGAAGCCAGAAUGUAGCAAGUAAGAGAGAGAGAGAGAGAGAGAGAGAGAGAGAGAGAGAGAGAGAGAGAGAGAGAGAGAGAGAGAGAGAGAGAGAAAGUGCACACACACAAUUGGAUUUCUCAUCCCUCUCUGUGUGGGAUGCAAACCAACAAGUACAAAACUUGCCUCAAGUUAUCAAGUGCUCCUUCCUGGGGCCUGCUGUUGAUGUUUUAAGAAAUAGCACUUAAGCGACCUAUUGGUCAGGUUUUCAGAGAUAAUGUUUUUCAAUUUUUAUUCACAAUAGAUUUUAUUGUGUUGUUUAGGAAAUGUUGAAUUGUUGUAAAACAAGGUUUUAAGAUAUAACUGAAGCAGUGACUGUACAUAACUGAAGCAGUGACUGUACAUUUUAUAAUGAGCUCUUUUCACAGUUCUUAUAUAUCAUAUAUGUUUCUGAGGUAUUGCAUGAAGUUUUAAAUGUAUGUUUGGUAGGUAAUGAAUAACAAAACUUUUUUGUAAAUGUUUUUUUAUUACUAUAUGCAAAAAGCAUUAUCUUUGAGUGGAUAUGCACCCAUUCCAUUUAAAUGACAUUUUGUGCCCUGAAUGUCACAGGCUGCUUUUGUAGUAAGUUGAAUGUUUUCUAUUAUACAUAGGAGUAUCAUUUCAUGGAAUUUAGAAUAGUAAAAGAUAUAAGGACAAGUUUUCAAUUGCAAGGUAUCUAUUCUUCAGAGAUGUCUUCCUAAAAACUCAUGCUCCUGAGUAAUUAUGGAAAAAAUCAGGAAAUGUAUUUGGAAUAUUGUUCUAGAGAAAUAUGAGGCUUAGUAUUGAGUGCAAUUAAAUGGGAAACAGUCUAUUCAUGUAUUGUCAGUAAACAUGAAUUAUUCUGGAAUUCCCCUGUAAGUACGUGAUGAUGCUUAUAUGGCAACUGCUGAAUAAUUUAUCUGUGAAAAAGGAAUGAAGCAAAUUGGAAAGUGAAAUACAAAUCCAUUUUUACUGAUCAUAUUAAACUUUCUUAGGUUAGAUUUUCCUGUUUGUGGGGUUUGACAUGAAAUCUGUUACCUUCAGUGUCCUCUGUCCUGUGCACUUUGUCUGAACUCCCAUCAAAAGUAGUUCUUCUUCUGUCCUUAAUAUCCUGGACAUUCCUGCUGGUCUCUGUCAUUGUAAUUGCAUAUCUGCUUUUCAGAUUACUUGUUCGUUAUUCUUUCUCAUCACAGUUGUAAACUAUCUCAUUCAGAGAUAUCAGGUCUAUUUUCCAGUAGCUGUAUAAUACAUCUGUUACUGUCACUUGUAAAUGCAAUUUGUCAACCUCACUGUGGUAAUGAAUCUUAAUUAGUCUUGAGAAUCUCAUGUAACACCAUCCCUUUGGUCACUUUUUGCCUCAACUUUUUCAGUCACAUUAGGGUUUGCCUAUGGUAAUUUUCAGCUGUCUCCUCCAUUCCUCUGCUACAUUUUCCACAUCUCCAUUCGCUUUUGUUACCAACACUAGGUUAUUGCAUAUGGCAUAACUCUGAGGGGCAUCCUACUCUGCACUUUCGUGUGGCUUCGUGUAUUAGAUGUAAAUAGCAAAGGGCUUAGGGCGUAUCCUUCAUGAACACUAACAUUUAUAUCACAUUUGUGAUGUUUGUUUCUGUUUUUGCAGUAAAUCUUGAGCUUGACACUUUUGAAAUGGAUAAUUAUGAGAUUUAACUUUAUUCAGCCAUUCUUCCAACAAGGCAAAUAUUUUCUUAACAUGCUCUAGCACUUUUAUCCUUAAGUACAUUGUAGUAGGCAUGCCCUUUUCCUUUUUACACCAUUAUUGUAAGGCUCUUUUUUUUCCCUAUGUCUUCCUUUGUUAGGUUUUCAUUAAUUCUGAAAUAAUCAUCAGUGACUGGCUCUUCUGUUCCUUUUAUGAGAUUGCUCAGGGUUCUGGAUAGAGUUGGCGGUAUUAAGUUUUUCAUAUUCUGGGUAAUGUUUUGGAUGUUACAUUCUUUGUUGGUCUGUAUUAUGCCAGCACAUCAUAUUUAGUGUUAUAUUAUGUCAACGUUUCUAAAGUUAAGUUGUCAUUGCCAGCAUUCUUAUUCUUCAGAAUUUAUACUUUGAAUAGCAUCAAUCAUUUGGAAAGUGGAACUUUGAGGUAAUCAAUACAGAAAGACUAAUGGAGGUAAGAGGCAUAAAGUGCAAAUUAGGUUGCUUGCAGUUCUUUCCACUUAUGUUAGUAUAGUUGUUGUUAAUAUUGUUAUCAAAGUAUGGUGAACUUUAGUUUUGCAUUUGAAUCACUGUAUUCUUUUUUUUCUUUAAUGAAAUUUGGCUGGAAGGUACACUGUGGUUCCUGAUUUAAAGCAGAUAAUUUUUUUAUAUAUACCUACUUUCAAGGUCAUAGCUUAUUAAAAUAGGAAAAGUUAUAGGAUCUCUAGAUAUAAUUUCAACAAAAUUUCAGUAACACUGAGCUGUAUCAGAAACUGAUCUGAAAUGGUUUUCAAAAAGAAACUGUUAUGUGAAAAGAGCAUUGGAUAAUAAAGGCAGAGGUCUGUUAGAAUUUCUAUGAUGAUUUCAAAUCUUGUAUUUAGAAGUAAUGGUCUUUUAACUGUUAAAUACUGUAUUCCCUUGCAUGGAUAAGUUUACUUGUUGUUUUGGGUAAUUAGACAGAUAUGUCUUUAUUAUUAUCAUGAGAGAAUGUUCAGUGGUAUGGAACAAGGAGAAAACUUUCAUCCUAAGACUCCACAGAAUUUAAGUAGGAUUAUUUUUGGUUCUUUGUUAAAGAAAAUGAAUGUAGAGCUUGAACUUGUAGAGCAGUUUAUUUUGUAUUAGGUCUCAGUAAUGUGGUUAUUUUCAGACUAAUUGUUCUAAAAUUGUUUUGCACUGUUGAUCUUUGUGACAUGCUUCUCAGUUACCAAAAUGGUUUCUUAGCAUUGUGUGUUAGUUGGAAACAUUCCUAGGAUGCCAAUGUCUAUGUGGGAGUGGAAGGGUUAGCUUCGUAACUGAUGAGGGACUGGGGGCAUCAUUUACCAUUAUGUACACAUAAAACCUUUUUUUUCUUAGAAAAAUAUUCAGUAAUUUAUACCAUAUUGACCCAAAACAGUACUAUUAGGCUAUUUGGUUGGUUUGAUUAGUUUUUUUUUGGGAAGGGGGUUGGCAGUCAUCUUAGAAAGGGUCAGAAGUAUAUAAUACUUACGUUCUUAUUGUACCUUUUAUACUCAUUGUAUAGAGUUAAACAAUCCAAGGAAACAAGGGAAUACUACAUUAAGAUGUGAAAGGUAUGGUAAAGGUCAUUAAAGGUCAUUUCACAGGAAAGUGGUAGAUUUUCUUUUCUGUGAACAUGUUACAGGGUUCAGUAAAUGUAAUUCCAUAUAAUUUCAUAUUUUUCUUUAACUUUUGUUUGCUGUAUGUGAUUGCUUGGAUACUUGAGCCUUGAAAUUUGUUGAAUCUAAGUUUCAAUAUUUCAUUUGUCUUCUAAUGUAUGAAAAUGGUCAAAUGUCUAAUAAUGAAGAUGCCUAAGCAUUUGUGAUGCAAAUUCUUGAUAUAUUUAGUGGAUUUAGCCCAGUGAUAAAGAGUUUCUGAUCUGUUGGGGAAGGGCAACUAUAUAAAAUAGGUACACAGUAUUGUAUUUAUUUUAACAAUUUUCAAGUAGUACUCGCUCAACCUUGGCAUAUUUUGAUACUGAAGAUAUUUCUCAUCAGUAAAAAGAUUAAAUGGUGAUUAUAAUACUGUACUGCAUGGUAAAUUUUAUGGGCUCCUGGAGUGUCCUUAAAAGUAUGUAUCAUGCUUCACAGUUUAUCAUGCAUUAAUGUGUUUCUCUAACAGUUUCCCUUUAGGCACUGAGACUUGCAGGUUUUUUAAGCAAAUAUCUAUAUAUAAAGGAUAUUGUUAUUAACCAUGCUUCAAUUAGGGACAUGUUUAUUCCAUUUUUAUGUGUCCACUGAAGUGAAAGUUUCUAAUGUAUUGCGUGGACUACAGCCUGAGGUGUUGAUUAUUGGAUUUUAGAGUAAGCUGAAAAAGUUUUAAUAAAAAACUUAGAUGCUAAUUGAACCUUUGAUGUGUAAACUUAGUGAAUGAUGAGGUGUCUGAAUGUGGGUGUUUUUAAGGAAUGAAGUGUUUUAUGUUUAGAACAAAUUCUACAUAGGUUUCUAAUUGUGGGAAACUGUCUUUAUGUUGAAGUAUUAGAAAGCCUCAUCCAGGUGAAAUCUGGAGUAGUUAUUUAGUUUGAUCUUACUGUUUCCAUUUUAAGUGUUUGUGAGGUAUUCUUUCCAUUUGUAGGCAAUUCUGAUUGUCAUUACUGUAUUUUAUGCUCUACAGUGUAUUAUAUUACAUUUUAAGUAAUUUUUUUGCUUUUAGUGAUAGCAGUCUUGUUUAGUGGAAUGUGUAAGUACGUCUUUAAUGGUCAAUUUUCUUUACAAGUAGUAGCUUUUGAUCUAGAGGUUGACUUACACCAUAAAUAUUUUUAUGCAUGCCGUUUCUUUGUAAGUGAAGUGCUCUAUAGUAUUCAAUGUCUUCAGUUGCAUUUAAAUGACUUUGAUGUAAUAUCUCAGAAACACUUGGAAAUAUCCUCAUUAAGGUAUGAUCUUUGUUGUACUUGUUUUAUAAGAUUUUUCAUAAUCAGUAACAUUAGGUUUUGUUACUUUUGAAAUAGAAUUAUGUUAUUUACUUGUAAUACCAUUUAUCUGUUCAGUUAAAGGGCCUUUGUUAAUUUACUCACAUUUCAUAGGUGUGUAGAAGAGGUAUAUGUUUCAGUCUUAUUAUCACAAGAAAAGACACUAAUGCCAAAUCAGUCUCAGGGGCAAGGAAAGUGCAGUCCACAAUCUUUUAUUCACUAAAGUAUUCCUUUGACUUACUAAUUAAUUUUUUUAUACUGAGUAAAUUUUAUGAUUCAGGGUGUGCAGCAUUCCACUAUUAUUGAGGUAAACCUCUUCUGUCUUCAUCUAAUUUUUAACUUCAUCCAUACUGGCGUACUAUCUUGUUUGCUGUACAGUAUUCUAACCUUGUGUGGGUUGCUUCUUAAUGAGAUCUUGUUAUAGUCAUUGUUUAGAUUUUUUAUUUCCUUGGGAAAAGUGAAAUCUUGUGAGGACUAAUAAUUAGCUAAAUUCAGUUUUCAGUGUUUACUGAAGAAUAAGCUACAUUAAGUUAUACUUUUUUAGAAAGCUUUGUCACUGGUGUCAUAACUGAAUGGAUUUAAAACUACUUUUAAUUACAUCUAAAUUGAAAACCUUUUAUUGACCAUUAAAUUUUUUUAGUACAAAAUAAGAGUAAAAGUUAUACAAAAAAAGGUUUGUACAAAAAAAUUAAAUAUAUAUGUACAUCCCUUGGGCAUGAACCAUGGCCUGAAAAAUGAGUUAGAAUAUUGGCCUUUGCAAUGGGAGUUGAGUAUUCUUAUUCAGUAAUCUGAAUAAACUAUGAAGUAAUAAUUAUGAAACAGGAGAAUGGUUCUGACUGGAGUUUGUUGCUACUGUUAAUAAUUCCUGUUUCUAAAGAUAACAGUGCUAUGCAUUUGUUAGGCAUUGUUAAAAAAAAUUCUCGAGUUUAGACAAAUGACCAUCUUUGUUCAACAUUACAUUAUGUAAUAUAUAUGCAAAAAUAUUUUGACCCUACAGUCAUAUUCAGACCUUAUUAAUAAUAUGCCUUGCAUCAUGUGAACUCUUAUAAUUAUGCAAGUUACAUGGUGCCAUACAACUGAUUAGAGAUUCUGCUCCAAAAUUAUGAUAUACCAGCAUGCCUCAGGUUUGGUGGCCUGUUAAACUAGUAAAGAAUGACAGUGCCAAGUUCAGAGGGACUUAUUGGCAGUGAGAAGACACUUCAAAUUCCAAAAACUUUGAUUUUAGGAGUAAAGCCAUUUCCACCUUCUUUUCACAAGAAUAUAAGUUUACAUGGUAUCAUAUUUUUUGUCUUAGUAAAUAUGAAAUAGUCUUGGCAUUUUUCUGACUGAAAUAUUUGUAAACAGCUAUGGUAUACAAAAUCCUAUUCAUCUGGUAGUUCUUCAGUAAUAGGGACCAUUGCCUAAUUAUGUUUUGUGGUAAACUUUUCCUUGGAAUAAUAUAAUAAUAAUAAUUGCUGAUAAUUACUAUCUAUGUAUUUGUAGCUCCAUUGGGUACUAAAUGGACUUUUAUACCACAAUAGUACAGAAGCAAUGAUUAAAAUUCUUUUGAUAAUGUUUGUUAUUUGUGUCUGCAAUUUCAAUUAGCAUAUUAUAUUCAUAAAAUUCAGAAACACAUAGUUAUUGUUGAAGUGAUAAAUUUAUUUAUUGUCAUAACUCAUAUAGUAUGUGAUAGUAAAUCCCUGUGAAAUGUCUUCAUUUGUCUUUGUUAUUUGUUAAAAUAUUGAUUACUGGUCUUUUUGACCUAUACAUAGUCAUUUAUUAUAAUAUUGCCCAGUUAAAAUAAAUCUUUUACUUCAUUGCUUAGGUUAGACUACCUAAUAUCAUCAGUAAUAUUUAACAAUUAUGAAAGAAGAUUAUGAAUAUUUACACCUAUUAACUGUAAGGAUUUCAUGUCGUAUCUAUUUCAAAAGUUAAAUAAGAUACUAUAUUUGUCUCCUGAGUGUAAUAUUCAGAAAUUUGAAAUGCAAUAUGUUUUGUUUUGAAUGUUAUUUGGGAAGAAACCUUUGUUUUCAAAGGACAUCACCCUCCAUCUUCAGAGUCCAGAUUUGUUAUGGCUCAGUUGGCAUCAUACUAUAUAUUUAAGCUUGAUAGUACAUAUUGGCUUAACUUUAUUAUGUAUGGAGAACUUGAAAAGUCUGUCUUGGUGAAUGUUGCUAGAAUGGUCUGGUAAAUUGGUUGUUAAUAUAAGAGAUAUUGAGCUUUGAGGAAAUAUUUUAUCCCUAUGAUAUAUGGUCAUUGAAGCACUAAAAGUAUUUAUUACUCCAUUUUAAUGGUUUAAUUUAUAAAAUAGGACCAGAUAUUGUAUACUAUGGAGUUCUUCUUUUGUUCUGUUGGACUGAUCCACUUCUCUAGACACACAUCUGUGCAGUCAUCUGUUAUGGUCAUUUGUCUGUUUUACACUUUGUUAAACUACUUUUUAUAGAAAUAUAUCUGUAUGAUAAUCUUCAUGGUAUACCCUGAGUUUUUAGUGAUAUUAAGGUUAUAUGCUAGAGGGCAUAACUCUCAGGAAAGAGAAACGUCAACCGUAUGUCAAGUCAUGUGUUGGUCAAUCAGUCAAGGUUUCAUUUAAGAAAAGAUUUAAUAGAAGUUUUUAUAUUUAAAACCAACAACCUAGAAAAGCUUUUGGGGAAAUGAAUUGUAAGAAUUGAGAAUUUUACUGUCGUAAUCUGGUUCAUCUAUUAUUGUAUACUUAACAUAGGGAAAAUUAUUGGAGAGAAUAAGGAGAAUAGGCCCGAUGUCAGUAUUUGUUCAUACCAAUUGUAAAAGGUUGCUCUUAUUUAUGGAAAUGGUUGAUAAAGUAUUUCAUUAUUAAGAAAAAAUUCAUAACCCUAAGUACAGUCUGUAUAAGCCACUGAUAUUUUCAAGCCUAGGAGAGGAAAACUAGAGCUAUGAAGACAGAAACUCAUGAUGGGGAAAGAGUAGUUUAUAAUUUUGGCCAUUGCACUUUCAAGGUGAAAGACUGGUAACUUCAUUCAUGGUACUGUGCUGAGUAGAAAGCAUAGUACCUCUGAGGUAACUGUCAUGAAUCAUGUCCCUGAGACUGAUAUGAUUUGCUUGCUGAUAUACAGUAUCUCAUUCAGAAUAAUUGAAACACAUAGUCAUCCGGAGAACAAAAUUUGAAUUAUAUACAGAUAUAUUGUGUAGGUCAGUAUCUUAUAACUAGAGAAGUGAGAGGUGACUGAAAUUGUGUAAAGAGGUGAAGUUGAACAAUACAUAGUUUGUACUGGUGUGAUAGGUGAAGCUCCAAUUAAGGAUAUUGUAAGUGGAUGAGAUGUUACAAUAAAUGAAAAUGAAAAAAAAGUUUCUUCAGUGAUGACUUAAUAAAUUAUCUAUUAAAAGUGUACGAUUUAAUUAUAAAUUUUAGUCAGACAGGUGUAAGACAGUUGUUACUAAUAGAUUAGCCAAACAAAAAGUAUGCAGGUAAAAAUAUUUCCAAAAAUGUCAGUUGUGAAUUCAUUUUUACGUUUUUGAAAUAUUUGAAGGGCCAGAUCAUCUACCUUUUUCUUAGUUUAUGUGUUGCAGGGAAUGUGUUUUGCUAAUCUACUCAAUUUGACACGUGCACAAAUAAGCUUGUAUGGGUGGCAUUGAAUUGUAAGGUCUGUAUAAGCUAAUAGGAUGGGGUAGGAAACUGAUGUAGGUAAAGCCAUGUCUUUGCUCCGUGGAAAAUGUGUGACCAAUUUUUAAAAAAGAAUAUACUUGAUAAUCUGCCAUAUACAUGGGGAAAUUUGUACAUCAGAGUGACUUGUUUUUGUAAGCACUGUAAAAAGUGUGUCAGUGUUGCAAAUACAAGGCCAUUGCCAUUAUCAAAUGCCUGAAAACUGUAUGAAUGCUUAAAGCAUUUAUUCCUAGAACCGUCAGUGAAAAUGCUCUCAAAAAUGUUAUUUUAGUUGUGGAAGUACUUUUAUGUGCAACCCAGUAUGCAAAUGAGUGAUUGAAUGACUCAUCUUUGAGGUACUUUGAACAUUUAAAAUUUUUUAAGGUUGCAAUUAACAAAAUAAUUUUUCAUGAUUAAUAAUGGCAUACUGAUCCCUUUUAAUUGUGAGAAAAUAUUAAAUUUCAGAAAUAAUUAAUUUAUUAUUGGCAGUUUAUUAAGAGUGAAGAAAAACAUUUACUUUUAAUCACCAGGCUGACUUGCUUUCACUCAGUCAACAGUACAAAAAUUUUAAUGUUUAUACUUAUCUCUUAUAUUUCUCUCUGACCUAUUACACAGAGAGGAAAGAAAAUCAAUAACUCUAUAAUAACAAAAUAUAGAUGAUGAUAGAAUAAUAAUUGAAGUUGGUUAAUGUCAAGCAGGUAUAGAAUAGAGCAACAAAAGGAAACAUUUACAAUAGAAAAGGGAAAGAUUGAGUAAAAUUUUUCAUUGAAUGAAGACUUGGAGUUAGUGAGAGAAAGAGAAGGGAUGUUACUAGAUAGAAAAUGGAACACACACGCGCGAAUGACUGCAAUUAUUGUGUGACGUGAUAAAAGUAAAUCUUAUCAAGAUUGUGUUUUCUUGUAAUUGACAUUAAAACUAACUGUCACCCAAGUGUAAUCUAUUAUUAUUGUUCAUAAGUAGGAAAAUAUAAGAGAUAAAUUUCAAUUUUUUUUAACAUAUUUGUACCAGUCUAGCAUUUUUUCAUCUUAUCACUGUGCAUAUCUUUACUGUAGAUGAGAAAGAAAGAACUGAUGAAAUGGUUCAGGGCUACAGUAGAACUAGGUUGAUCUUGUGUUGGUGUCAUUGAUAACAUCAUGAAAACUGUUUAUUAUAAGAUUUUUUAUAGAUAAUAUUUUGGAGUAAUGCUAUAGUUUAGCAUACCUCAUACUUGGAUGAUUUUAGUCCCCCUAAAGCUUGUUUGAGUGGCAUUUAGUUAUUAUUUUUACUUCAGUCUGCAUAAAAAAUUAAACAAAAUGAAGUUAUUUUAUUUUUAUUAGUUUUAGAAGAGAAAUUUGUCAACGGUAUGAAUUAUUCAUCCUGUAACAUUUAUUGGGAGUUUUUGAUUUCUUCAUACUCUUUAUUUUUCUUAUCAUCAAUACUUAGCCUAGAAGUUUAGUUUGAGUAUAGUAUACACAGCUAAUGUAUAAAUAGAUUCUUUCCACGGUGAACCCAGGUUUCAUGAAAAGCCAAGUUUACGUACAUUUUUACAACCAAGAAAUUAGUUUCCUGUUAUCCCAUUAUCAAUUUAGAUUAGGAUAGAAAACAAAUCCCUAUAAUGUUUGUGCAAUUUAAGUCGUACUAUGCUAAAAUUAUUGAAUAUUUAAGGUAAAAUUAAAGUAAUCAAGGUCCUCAGUUUCUGGGUCCGAAAUCCGGAGUUUUAAAGUCUCCCCCACUAGUGUAUCACCCUACAUGGAUAUUUUAGUUAAUAAGAGAUACUGUGUUGAGUUUUCAUUUCCCGAAUAUUAUGCAGUGACAAACUUUCUAUGCCACUAUACUUGUGACAUUUUACUAGGUUUUAUUCAUUUGAUAGACAAUCAGUAAUUCUGGAGCACACCCACUGCACAAGUUAUGGAAUAGUUUAUGACAACAAUUUAUUAAUGUAAAAUUGUAACAAAAAAAAACUUGCCAUGAACUUUAUUUUGUAAGAAAUCUCUCUCUCUCUCUCUCUCUCUCUCUCUCUCUCUCUCUCUCUCUCUCUCUCUCUCUCUCUCUCUCUCUCUCUCUCAAAAAAGGUUAUCCAGUUUUCAUGAACCGUAUGCUAAUCAAGCAGGUGUUAUUUGUCUCACUAUCACAGUAAGUGGUGAUGAGAAAAAAAGAAAGAUAAUGCGAGAGAAUUUUUGCAAUGCUUUGCCAGCUUCUUUAUGUUGUACUGUUAAGGUUAUUACUGUCAUUUUUUGAACCAACCUUUUGUUUCCUUAUGAAUUUUCCAAAGAUUAUUGAAGUAAUGGUUAUUCUUCAUGUAGGAUGUUGGGCUCUGAAUGUUUGUAGCCUGUAAGUACACCAAACAGUUUUUAUGGUUGGUGCCAAAAUCUUUUUCUUCCAAAAAAAAAAAAACAAAAAACAAAAAAAACAAAGGACAUUACACAGAACCAUUUUAUUGUUGAGUCUUCAUAAUGCCAGUCCAUAUUCAGAUUGUUUAGGGCCAGUGGGUGAAGGCUGCUUAACGUUACGGUAUUUAACUGUUUGUCUGAGAGUGUUAGUGUUCCACUGACAUUGGUAUAUCAAAUGUGUCCGUAUGAUAAUAUGUCCCACCGGGUGGAAUGUGUAGCUGCAGUAAGGGGUGUAAAUAGCCUAUUUUUAAAAUGUGUACAAAUUAGUAAAGUGUAUAUAAUUGUAUAUAUAUACAUACCUAUAUAUAUAUAUCUAUAAAUAUAUAUAUAUAUAAUGAUAAAUAAAAAAAUAAAUGCUGUUUCUAUACUU